CUCUCACAGCACAACACCUCCUCAAGUCUCCCUCUGCUCUUUUUUUUGUUUUGUUUUGUUUUGUUUGGUGUUCUCCAAAAAAAUUGAGCAGAGCAUAAAAGAAUAGCUCUCCAGACUUUUGGGUAGCAAGAAUUAUAGCUUAGAGGAAAGAGCUAGAGACUAUUAAGUGAAAUUGAUCUUUCGAAAUAGAAGUAGGCCUUUUCUGCGUAACGGGAAUGUUUGAUGAAAUGGGAAUCUUUGGCAAUCUUGAUUUCCUCUCAACUCCUUGUGGAGAAGGAGAUGUGCCUCCCGAAGUUGAACCUGGCAGAGUGGUGGAUGACAAUUAUAGUGAUGAGGAGAUGGACGUUGAUGAGCUGGAGAGGAGGAUGUGGAGAGAUAAAAUGCUACUCAGGAAGCUUAAAGGGCAGAAGAAGAUUAAGGAGGGAGUAGAUGAUGGCAUGAAGCAGCACCAAUCGCAGGAGCAAGCACGCAGGAAGAAGAUGUCACGUGCACAAGAUGGCAUAUUGAAGUACAUGCUCAAAAUGAUGGAGGUUUGUAAAGCUCAAGGUUUUGUGUACGGAAUUAUCCCUGAAAAUGGUAAACCUGUUACUGGUGCCUCUGAUAACCUUCGUGCCUGGUGGAAGGAGAAGGUUCGGUUUGAUAGGAAUGCUCCUGCUGCAAUUGCCAAGUAUCGGGUAGCACAUUCUAUCCCCGGAAAGGUUGAAGAUUGCUGUGACAUAACAUCAACUCCUCAUGCACUACAGGAGCUUCAGGAUACUACUCUGGGGUCACUCUUGUCGGCUCUGAUGCAGCACUGUGAUCCACCCCAAAGGCGGUUCCCUUUAGAGAAGGGUAUACCCCCACCUUGGUGGCCUAGUGGGAUUGAGGACUGGUGGCCUGAUUUGGGCCUACCAAAGGAUCAAGUUUGUCCUCCAUACAAAAAGCCUCAUGACUUGAAGAAGGCUUGGAAGGUGGGGGUUCUGACAGCGGUUAUUAAACACAUGUCACCUGACAUUUCUAAGAUUCAGAAGCUUGUUAGACAAUCUAAAUGUUUGCAGGAUAAGAUGACUGCCAAGGAGAGUGCUACUUGGCUUGCCAUCAUAAAUCAUGAGGAAGUUUUGGCUCAGAAGCUUUAUCCUGAUAUCUAUCCACGUAUGUUCUCUGAGGCUGGAAAUGGGUUGUAUUCUUCAGUGGAAUCUAAUGACUAUGAUGUUGAUGGGGUGAAUGGUGAGGGAAGUCUUGAUGCAAACUGUGAGCCCCAAAAUCUCUUGAAAAUGGGCAUUGAUGUAUCCAAAGAUGGGAAGAUGCUUCCGUCAUUGGCUCCAGUUAAAGGAGAAGUUGUUGAUAUUGACCCAGAACUCAUCCACAAGAGGAAAAUUAUGUCAAAUGAGGGAGACUUAGACCAAAAAAUCUAUACCUGUCAGAAUCCUCAGUGCCCUUAUAGUGGUUACAAUAUGGGAUUUCAUGACAGAACAUUGAGGAACAAUCACCAGAUUAACUGUCCAUACAGAUUGAGUGCUUCUCAAAAUCUUGGCAUAAUGAACUAUCAGCCAUAUAAGAAGAAGCCAGAGGUCAUCUCUGCACCAUCCGUUCAACUUAAGCCGGCUUCUCAGCCCGUGAUUGAGCAUCCCUCUUGUUUGAGUAUUUCUGAACUUGGAAUUCCAGAAGAUGGUCAAAAGAUGAUUUCUGGCCUCAUGUCUAUGUAUGAUGGCAGUGUACAAGAAAAGACUUGUUUUGAUUUUGGAAUUGACACUGCUGCCGGAGAUCAAAACCUUCAACAACAGAUUAUACAGCUCCAUGGAGACCAAAGCUUCUUCAGGCCAGGAGUUACAAUGGGAGGCAGUAUAUCGAAAGAAACAUCUCUUACUCUGAGCCACUCUGCAUUUCCAUCAACUGAAUUUCUUUAUGACAAUGGUAACUGCAAGUCAACGGAUGAUUCAGGAUUCAAUGGCAACCUAAACAGCAACUUGGACUUCAGCUUCGGUCCUGAAUUUAAUAUGGAAUCAGUUGAUUAUUCAAUGGAUUUGUUCCCAAAGGAGGAUAUAACAACAUGGUACACUUGAAGCUUCUUCCUCACUAUGUCAAGACCUCGGUUAUUAAUCUUAAUUAGAAACACUGCAAUAUUGUUUGGUAAUCUACUUGGAAAGGUUCCAGAUGUGAAAGUAAAGAGCACUGUGAAAUGAGCCCCCUUUUUUUAACUAUUGUUUUAAGUCAUUAGAAGUGGUGGUAGUUGGCUUGUUCCUUAGAGUAUAUAUAGUUUUCACCUAUGGUUUGUCUACAUACUUCAUGUACUUAUCAGUGUUACUCUUUUGUCCUAUAACGAGCUGAAUUUAUAUGAAUGAUGGAGCUAGUUUCAUCCGAUAAUUGGCAUAUUAUUUCUGCA